AAAUUCUUCAAUAGAUUGACGAUUGUCGAUACGCCAGGAUUCGGUGAUGCCGUCAAUUGCGAGGACAGUUGGAAGGUGUGCACGAAUUACAUCGAUGAGCAGUUCCGGCAGUAUUUCACCGACGAGAGCGGUUUGAACCGGAGGAACAUUCAGGACAACAGGGUGCACUGUUGCCUCUACUUUGUACCACCGUGGGGUCACAGUUUGCGGCAGAUGGAUCUGGAGUUGAUGAAACGUUUACAUCGCAAGGUGAACAUCGUGGUGGUCAUCGCCAAGGCUGAUACUUUAACAGCAUCCGAAGUUCAAAGAUUGAAGCGAAACAUACUGGACGACAUCAGAGAAAACGAUAUACAGAUGUACGAGUUCCCCGAGUGCGGAAGCGACGAAGACGAGGAUUUCAAGGAGCAAGAUAGGGAGAUGAAGGCGAGCAUCCCGUUCGCCGUCGUCGGAAGCAACACGACGCUGGAGGUGGCCGGGAAGAAGGUCAGAGGACGGCAGUAUCCGUGGGGAGUGGUGGACGUGGAAAACCCGAAGCACAGCGAUUUCAUCAAGCUGCGGACGAUGCUCAUCUCGACGCACAUGCAAGAUCUGAAGGACGUCACCGAGGACGUGCACUACGAGAACUUCAGGGCGCAGUGCAUCUCGCAGAUAUCGCAGCACGCGUUCCGCGAACGAGGGAAACUGAAGCGCGAUUCGACGCCGUACGAGGCGGACAUCUCGGAGACGGACAGGCUGCUCUUCGAGAAAGACGAAGAGAUACGCAGGAUGCAGGAUAUGCUCAGGCAGAUGCAGGAGAAGCUGAAGGAUUCGGCGCAGGACAACAAGAAACACGACAGUAUUAUCGAUGUGUAGUUAGUUUUUCUUUCUUUUUUUUCGCUGUAAAUAACAAUAAGGCGAUGCGAAAUCAGGAGUGCGAAUCAUAUAAUCAAAAA